AUGGUGGCCUCGUCACUGGUCCUUGUUUUCCUGUUGGCCCUGAACAGAGGUGUAAGCGAGAUUGAUGUCAAGGUCUCGUCUCUAGGGGACAUCACAGAAUGGGGGAACUCUGAUCUGUCCAUAUCAGGGUCCUGCCAGCCAGCCUCUUCCUGUCAGAAGUGCAUUCUCUCACAUCCGAGCUGUGCCUGGUGCAAGCAACUGAACUUCACAGCAUCAGGGGAAGCGGAGGAGAGACGCUGCGCUACGCGCCAGGAGCUGCUGCAUCGCGGCUGUCCACCAGAAGAGCUGGAGGUGCCUCUUGGCCGCCAGGAGGUGAUGCAGAACCGGCCGCUGAGCCAGGGCGAGCGUGGCGAGGGGGCCACGCAGCUGGCCCCACAGCGGGUCCGGAUCUCACUGCGACUGCGAGAGCCUCAGGAGCUGCAGGUGCGCUUCCUCCGUGCUGAAGGCUACCCGGUGGACCUGUACUACCUGAUGGACCUGAGCUACUCCAUGAAGGAUGACCUGGAACGCGUGCGCCAGCUGGGGCAGGACCUGUUGGCCGGGCUGCAGAACCUCACCCGCUCUGUGCGCAUCGGCUUUGGCUCCUUUGUGGACAAAACGGUGCUGCCUUUUGUGAGCACGGUGCCCUCCAAGCUUCGCCACCCCUGCCCCACGAGGCAGGAACGCUGCCAGCCACCUUUCAGCUUCCACCAUGUGCUGCCCCUAACAGGGGAUGCUGAGGCCUUUGAGCAGGAGGUGGGGCGCCAGAGUGUUUCUGGUAACCUGGACUCACCUGAAGGUGGUUUCGAUGCCAUUCUACAGGCUGCCCUUUGCCAGAGGCAGAUUGGCUGGAGAAACGUGUCCCGGCUGCUGGUGUUUACCUCGGAUGACACAUUCCACACAGCUGGGGACGGGAAGCUGGGGGGCAUUUUCAUGCCCAGCGAUGGCCAUUGCCACUUGGACAGCAAUGGCCUCUACAGUCGAAGCCCAGAUUUUGACUACCCGUCUGUGGGUCAGGUUGCCCAGGCCCUCUCAGCAGCAAAUAUCCAGCCUAUUUUUGCUGUCACCAGUGCCACACUGCCGGUCUACCAGGAGCUGAGUAAGCUGAUUCCGAAGUCAGCGGUGGGGCUGCUGAGCGAGGACUCCAGCAACGUGGUGCAGCUCAUCAUCAAUGCGUACAAGAACCUGUCAUCCACUGUGACCCUGGAGCACUCCCCCCUCCCUGUGGGGGUCCACAUUUCUUACAAAUCGCAGUGCGGGGGUUCAGAGAGGACGGCAGAAGAGGCUGGGGCCCGAGGCCAGUGCACCAACGUGGGGAUCAACCAGACGGUGACUUUCAGGGUCAGUCUCCAAGCCACCCAGUGCCUCCCUGAGCCCCACAUAUUGAGGUUCCGAGCUCUGGGUUUCUCAGAAGAGCUGGCUGUGGAGCUGCACACGUUGUGUGACUGUAAUUGCAGUGAUACUCAGCUCCAGGCUCCCCACUGCAGUGGUGGCCAUGGGCACCUGCAGUGUGGGGUGUGCAGUUGUGCUCCUGGUCGCCUGGGCCGGCUCUGUGAGUGCUCAGAAGCAGAGCUGUCGUCCCCAGAUUUGGAAUCCGGGUGCCGGGGUGCUAACGGGACAGGGCUCCUGUGCAGUGGGAAGGGCCGCUGCCAGUGUGGUCGGUGCAGCUGCAGUGGCCAGAGCUCAGGGCGUCUGUGCGAGUGUGACGAUGCCAGCUGUGAGCGCCACGAAGGCAUCCUUUGUGGAGGUUUUGGUCGCUGUCAAUGUGGAGUGUGUCACUGUCAAGCCAACCGCACGGGCAGAGCAUGCGAGUGCAGCGGGGACACUGAUGGCUGUGUGAGCUCUGAGGGUGGGCUUUGCAGUGGGCAUGGCCACUGCAAAUGCAACCGCUGCCAGUGCCUGGACGGCUAUUAUGGGGCCGUGUGUGACCAGUGCCCAGGCUGCAGAACAUCAUGUGAGAGCCACAGGGACUGUGCUGAGUGUGGGGCCUUUGGCACAGGACCCCUGGCAGCCAACUGCAGCGCGGCUUGUGCCCAUGUCAACGUGACUCUGGCUGUGGGCCCAGUCCUGGAUGACAACUGGUGUAAAGUAUGGACCCUGGAUAAUCAGUUCUUCUUUUUCCUGGUGGAGGACCAAGCCGGAGGCAAAACGGUGCUGAGAGUGAGACCGCCAGAGAAGGUCGUAGACCACACCCUGGCCACCGUGCUGGGCUGUGUCGGGGGCAUCGUGGCUGUGGGUUUGGGAUUGGUCCUGGCAUAUCGGCUGUCCGUGGAAAUCUAUGACCGUCGAGAAUACAAGCGCUUUGAGAAGGAGCAGCAGCAACUCAACUGGAAGCAGGAAAACAAUCCUCUCUACAAAAGUGCUAUCACAACCACCAUCAACCCCCGCUUUCAAGAGGCAGAGCAUCCCCAUUCCUGAAGGAGGCAGGGGAAUCU